UUUCUCAGCCUGACUGAAGUACCCUUCCAACCCUCCCAAGCCAGUAUCCAAGACCCUGACCCCAUGGAAGGGACCUCAGCAGCUGCAAAUUUUUCAAGCCUCCCUCCUCCGUCCCGAAGGCUAUCUCAGAUAAGGCAUCGGAAAAAGAGGAUGCGAGACGAGAUGUUCGCGGAAAUCAUGGAAUCCACCCGCAAUGAAAGAGCUCGUCUGAAUGAGUGGAAGGACACGGUUUCAAAGUAUAGGAAAGAUGCCAGUGAACGUGAGGACAGGAGGGACCAACGUGAGGACAGGAGGGACCAACGUGAGGAGAGGAGAGAUGCUCGAGAUGAGAGGUGGAGGCAGGAAGAUCAGAGGAGGCAGGAUGCAAUGCUGGGGCUGCUGCGUGAGCAAACAGACAUGCUCCGGUGUCUGGUGGAGCUUCAGGAAUGGCAGCAGGAUCACAGACUGGGGCUACAGCCCCUGUAUAACCCCCCUCCCCAUGUUCCAUAGCCUCCUCACCCAGAGGUGCAAGA